AUGUCUUUCCAACCAACCCAAAUUUUUGAGGAGGGCACCACCGAGGAGAAGGGUGAGAAUGCGCGUCUCUCUGCUUUUGUCGGCGCCAUCGCCGUUGGUGAUCUCGUAAAGAGCACCCUUGGUCCCAAGGGUAUGGACAAGAUUUUACAAUCAGCCUCCACUGCCGAAAUCAUGGUUACCAACGACGGUGCCACCAUUCUUAAGUCGAUCGCCCUCGAUAACGCCGCCGCAAAGGUCCUUGUCAACAUUUCCAAGGUCCAGGAUGACGAAGUCGGUGACGGUACUACCUCAGUUGCUGUUCUCGCUGCCGAGUUGUUGAGAGAGGCGGAGAAGCUGGUCGAUAAGAAGAUCCACCCCCAGACUAUCAUUGAGGGUUACAGGAUAGCCAGCCAGGCCGCGUUGAAGGCGUUGGAGGGAUCAGCCGUCGACCACAGCAAGAACCCCGAGGCCUUCCGACAAGAUCUGCUCGCCAUUGCCCGAACAACACUCAGCUCCAAGGUUCUUGCCCAGGACCGUACUCAAUUCGCCGAACUUGCUGUCGAUGCCGUUCUCCGCCUCAAAUCUUCCGACCUCAACCAUAUCCAGAUCAUCAAGAAGGCUGGAGGCAAGCUUAGUGACUCUUACCUCGAUGAGGGUUUCAUUCUCGACAAGAAGAUCGGUGUCAACCAGCCCAAGCGACUAGAAAAGGCUAAGAUUCUGGUGGCCAACACUUCCAUGGAUACCGACAAGGUCAAGAUCUUUGGUGCACGUGUCAAGGUUGGCUCGACAAGCAAGCUGGCCGAGCUCGAGAAGGCCGAGAAGGAGAAGAUGAAGGCCAAGGUGGAGAAGAUCAAGGCACACGGCAUCAACUGCUUUAUCAACCGACAACUCAUUUAUAACUGGCCCGAGCAGCUGUUCACUGAUGCUGGUAUCAUGUCUAUUGAGCACGCCGAUUUUGAUGGCAUUGAGCGUUUGGCCCUUGUCACUGGCGGUGAGAUCGCCUCCACAUUUGACCACCCCGAACAGGUCAAGCUUGGUCACUGUGAUGUGAUUGAGGAGGUUAUUAUUGGCGAGGACACUCUCAUUAAGUUCUCCGGUGUGUCAGGAGGAGAGGCUUGCACAAUCGUCCUCCGAGGUGCUACAGAACAGCUACUCGACGAGGCCGAGAGAAGUCUACACGAUGCCCUUGCUGUCCUGUCCCAGACUGUCAAGGAGCCCCGAACUACACUUGGUGGUGGUUGCGCCGAGAUGCUCAUGGCCAAGGCAGUCGAGGGUGCUGCUACCCGCGUUGAAGGCAAGCGACAAUUGGCCGUGUCCAGCUUUGCUGUGGCCCUCCGACAGCUACCCACUAUCCUGGCUGACAACGCUGGUCUCGACUCUGGAGACCUCGUCGCUAGGCUGCGAAAGGCCCUCUACGAUGGCCUCACAACAUACGGCUUGGAUCUGACCACCCCUGGUGGUGGUAUCACUGAUAUGCGGGAGCUCGGUGUUAUUGAGAGCUACAAGUUGAAGAAGGCUGUUGUGUCUUCGGCCAGCGAGGCCGCAGAGCUUCUUCUCCGAGUUGACGAUAUUAUCCGGGCAGCUCCUCGUCGACGAGAGCGUAUGUAA